AUGAUUUCUGACGAACAUUACGACCUUUGUCGUCCCAUCCUGGACGAUGCCACCAUAGAGGAAGAGGAUAAAACUGAACGUUUGGAGGAUCUGCUUCGGAAAGACGGAAGACUGCGCGGCGCUGCUUUGGAAAAUGCGGUUCUAGAUGCACUGUGGAAACAUCGAAAUGCUCAACGUGGAGAGACAUCUGAGACGCCCUUGCGACAUCAUGUCAUUCGCAAGUCAUCUCCAGCGCCCUGGCAGGUCAACAGAGCUCCCACACCCUUGGGGUCCCCUCCGCCACUUUCUUCCAGCCCUGCCCUUUCAGUGGGAUUUCCAGCUUCGCGCCCCAGCUUUUCCCGGCAGAAGUCCAGCGUACAAUCUCCCUUUGCCUCUCCUCGGCCUUCACCCCAUCUUGGUUUAGCACAACCCAUUCCCCACAGCCCGAGCUUGAAUGCGUAUGAAUUCUCCGAUGCUAGCCCGGCUCCAGACAUCUACGGCGAUUAUGGUCACGAGAAUGUGGACUGGCUUUUGGCCGACGAAACUACAAGCAAUGCCUCUUCCACAGUUACUGGUGCCCUAAGUGCUGCAGCUCCUGAAUGGGUUCCUCAACCGGACAUGAGUCCGUACGAUAUUCUCCGCUCCGUCCUGGGCGAUCGAAAGACAGAUGAUGAAAUUGAGGAAGCACUUAACAAGCACUCAUAUGACUUGGGGGCCACCAUUGCGUCUUUACUCGGAACGGAUACGGCCGAUGCUCAAUACACUGCAGUCCCAAGUAAUGAAGCAAAUGUUCUGGUCGGCAAGUCCAUGGCCGUCAACCAAAUCCGGCCCUCGACGCCUGGUACGGCAAAGAGUCCUAUUGUUUGCAAAUACUGGCUAGCUUCGGGCUCAUGUCUCCGUGCUGACUGCCGAUUUGCACAUGAUAUUAGCGGUUACCUCUGCAAAUAUUGGAUGAACGGAAAUUGUUUGGCCGGCGACGCUUGUCAAUUUUCACAUGAUCCGGCACUUUUGAUCAAUCACCUUCACACGGGGGAAAGCAACCCUCCCCAGACCUUUCAGCUCCAAGACCAGUACGAUCAAUUUCCCUCUCUAUCGAGCCACAAUGUAAGGAGCACACUCCAAGCUGGUUUGGUAGCAGGGAACACGUUCAUCCCCACCAGUCAGAAGGGAAGAGCAGCUCUGGGCAGCAUUGGCCCGGGUUCUAGACCUCACUCGAGACCUAACUCGCGUCAUCAGAAUCGACCGGAGACACCAUCAUCACUAGCUAUGGAUGAUCCCGAAGCAUUUCCAAGUUUGGGCUCUCUUGGUACAAAGCGAGGAGCCAAACAUCACGGUCAUCGAUCUAGGCAUGGCCACGGAAGCAUGGAAAAGGAAACGUCUUCUUCUCUUGCUGACCUUGUUCGCAUGUCACCAUCUCCGGCACCCGGACAGGCACGAAAGGUCGAGACUAGUCGCAAGAUCAGAACUUACGGAGGAUCUGAGAGUGCAGCGGCACGAAAAAUCCCAGAGCCUCAACACAUUCCCUGGCUGGAGACUGGUUCUCGCGCCAAUCAACAGUAUCUGAAGUACAGGCAAGAAGCUAUCAAGCAUGGCAGCAUACGCAAUAAAUUCUUGCAAAGCGCCGCGCAAGCAUGGAACCGUAACGAUGCUCGUGCAGCGAAGGCGCUCUCAUUACGUGGGCAGGCCGAGAACGACGCAAUGAGAAAGGCACACCGAGAAGCAGCAAAAGCACUGUAUGACGAACGAAACAAACACCUCUCGACAAUGCCGACCGAUGACGACGAAGAACUCUAUAUUGAUCUCCACGGUCUCCAUCCAGAAGAGGCAAUCGAAUACCUGGAAAAUAUUCUCCUCACACACGCGAAACGGGGCCGGAGGAUCAUUUAUGCCAUCACAGGAACUGGACAUCACAGCAAAAACGGCAAAGACAAAGUCGGCAAAGGCGUACGCAACUGGCUGAAUGAAUGGGGAUAUAUCUUUCGCGAGUUCAGCGUUCCGGGUGAGAGAGGAGGAUACAUUGGUGGUGUACUAGGAAUUGAUAUCACGAGUCAUAGACGACAGCCCAUCUCGGCGGAGGCAGGCUCGAAAACCGAGGAAGAGGAGACUUCUCCCACGCCGGCUGUCGCAACCGCGGUGAGUUCGAAGAUACAAGUGCUGAAACGUGAGGAGGUGCCCGUUUGA